AUGCUGAUAGGAAUCACGGGCCCCAUCUGCGCCGGCAAGCACAGCACGGCCGAGUAUCUGGUCCAACACCAUGGGUUUCUGAGACUACAUCUGCCGAGCCCGUCGCAACUUCAACCACCUCACAAUUACAGCCCGCCGCGAGACUCUUCCCCCGGACAGACCUCGUCUGAUUCUUCUGUCUCUGCGUCCGGGUCCGGGUCCGCGUCCGAGACUGUGGCCCGCCUCCUACCCAGCGUAACCGACCAAAGAGGCACGCGGGGCCUGACCUUCCCGGACGUCGACAACCUGCUCGAGUUCGUGACCAGGCGAUGGCGCGAACACUGGGUGCUGACGGACAUUUGUGACGAAGCGACGCUCGAGGCCCUGCUGAGACGUCCGUUUUUCUUAUUACUCAACGUCGAUGCCCCGGUGGGCAUCCGAUACGGGAGGUUCAGUGACCGCUGCCGCGCCCGCAAUCUGUCGCCCAUGCCCCUGGCCGACUUCAUCUACUACAACGACCUCCAACUCUACGGAUCGCGGGCGGCAGUAUUGGCAUCGGCAUCGGCAGACAACACCUCAACCUCAUCCACAGCUACCUUGCACUCUCAUUCCCACCAGACUCAAGCUCACGCCCAUCCCAAUGACCAUCCCCAAGUCGGUCCAUGUAUAGCAUCAUCAUCCCCCGGGACAGGCACGGCACACCUGUUAGCCCGCUCGCACUUGCAGAUCCUCAACGCCCACCCGACCAUUCCGUCUUACUACUCUUUCCUCGCCACCCUAGACCUGCCUUCGCCCGUCCGGCUCCGGCCCACGUGGGACGCCUACUUCAUGACCCUGGCGUCGUUGGCCUCCCAACGAUCCAACUGUAUGAAACGCCGUGUCGGCUGCGUCUUGGUCCACAACGCCCGCAUCAUCUCCACGGGCUACAACGGCACUCCACGCAACCUGACCAACUGCAACGAAGGCGGCUGUGCGCGCUGCAACAACGCCAGCUCCGGCGGCUCCGCCUUGUCCACCUGUCUGUGCCUGCACGCCGAGGAAAACGCGCUGCUCGAGGCCGGCCGCGAGAGGAUCAGGGACGGCACAAUCUUGUACUGCGACACAUGCCCCUGCUUGACGUGCAGUGUCAAGAUCGCCCAGGUCGGCGUCAAGGAGGUCGUCUACACUCAAGGGUAUAACAUGGAUGACGCCAGUAGACGUGUCCUGAAGGAGGCUGGCGUCGAGUUGAGGCAGUUCAGCCCGCCCAAAAGCGGUCUCGUCGGAUUCGCACCACCUGAUACAGAACCUGACUACCCGGCGCACAGGCUGGAUGCAGAGCAAAUGUUACUUCUUAAUGGUCAAAAGUAA